AUGGAUGAGUCUAAUAUACAAAGGAAAUCACUGCCCGUGGAAAAUAGCUGCUCAUUGAUAACCAAAUUGAAUAAUUCUGUUUGUACUAAUACCAGUUCUUAUGAAGAAACUUCCCCUGAAAACUGCUCAGUAGAUCAUGAAGCAGAUUUGAAGCACUCCAGAGAGGGUAGAGGGGGUGAGGAGCUGUCAGCUGAACUCUUGGUUGCUCUUCAACGUUGUCUCUUGGGCGGUAAAAGUGGAUCUGGUGCUGGAAUUGAUCUCUCCUCUCUGGUAGUUGUGGAAGGAAAGAUCUGUUGGGAUCUUUACAUCAACGGCCUUGUUGUUAGUUCAGAUGGGAAUCUGCUAGAUGCCCUAGGUACUGCUAUAAAGUAUUAUGUGGCCAAAGAAAAGUCCAGUGGCAUGACUUAUCUUUUAAAGAAACUGAUGUUCCCAAAGGCUGCUUUGAGCAAUACAGGCAUCCCAAAAGUAAAUGUUGCAGCUGGUGCAUCAGGUGAUGAGCAACCAGAGGUUGACGUAAGCGAUGAGGAAUUUCUGCAAUUUGACACAUCUAGGGUCCCUGUAGGCAGGCACUAUAUUGUAGAUGCCACUUCAGAAGAGGAAUCACAAAUGUGCUUGGCUGUUUCUAUUUCCAUCAAUAGGCAAGGCCGCAUUUGUGGGUUGACAAAACGGGGAGGUGCCGGCCUAGAUCCAAGCAUCAUUCUUGACAUGAUAUCUGUGGCAAAAACAGUAAGUGAGCAGCUGAUAAACACAUUGGAUUCUCAUAUAGCUGCUGCUGAAGCUGGCGAAGAGGAGUCGUGA